AUGUCAUCCAUAACAUUGGACCUUGUUGCCCUUGCCCACUAUAAGUUGCGUUUAGCGAACACUGGCGGGAUGAAGGACAAUCUCAGCCUCCGCCGCUUGGUGCUACUUAGAAACUCUAUCACCGCCCAUGAUAGACAAUCUGAUCUAACUGUGCAAAACGCAGCGUCGCAGGCAGACGCUGCGGAAACAUCUAGUGAGGUCGACAUUGAUUUGGAAGACGAGGUGGACUCGAACUUAGACUGCGAUAAGUUCAUGUUUCCAGACCCCGGAGAUGACGGAGGGGCACAUUCUGAUCUAACAACACAAAACGCAGCGUCGCGGGCAGACGCCGCGGACUCAUCUAGUGAGGUCGACACCGCUUUUGAAGACGAGGUGAACUCGAGAUUAGACAGUGUUAAGUACACGUUUCCAGACCCCGAAGACGAUGUGGGGACACCUGAGAUGUCUGAAGAGCAAUGGCUCGACUCCCUCCUUGAGAAUCUUGGCGAUGAAGACAGCGAGGAUGAGGAUGAUGCUCGUAUCUCGCCAGUGAGAACUGAUGACACCACCGCUAAGCAGCUCAAUAUCCACCCUCGUGCAGACAUCGAGUCUCUCCGCACGUCCUUAUCCGAUGAGCUCGCCAUGCCGGAUCCCAUCACUGUUCCACAUCCUGAACCAUAUCCCCCGCUCACCUAUCCCUUUGAACAUGACUCCCACGACUGCUGCUCCGCUUCUGAUAUGGAAGACUCAGAGGGCUCUGUUCCGGAUGCCAUUGAGGAUACAUCUGACAACGAGUCCGAAUCAAUUGCUACACCAUUCUCUCGUUCCCGUGUGUCUCUCAGCCUCGUAGAUCCCGCAUCCAUCACCCUUCCUCAAGACCAAAACGAGGCCCACAUCUACGACAGCUCGAAUGUAUUCUACCCCCAUGGAGAGGAUCCAUUCACACAUUCGGACGCUCACUCUAGUUCUGCCCCAAUCCAUAGCCCCUACCAUCAAGGCUGUUGA